GCGGUGUGGUUUCUGCUCUACUAGCAAAAGCUGGCUAUAGUGUCCUUGUUGUUGAAAAAGGAAAACAUUAUCAUCAAAAUGAUUUAUCUUUGAAACAGGCUGAAUCUUUUGAUAAUUUAUAUGAAAAUGGUGGAUUAACUUAUUUCCUCAGUGAUGAUUUUAAUAAAUCAAUUGAGGCUGUCGAAAAACGAAUGGGUGUUUGUUCUGAUGCAAUUAUUCACAAUGAAAGUAAUAAAAUUCUUAUAGAAGGUUGUAAAAGACUCGGUUAUCAUUACAAAGAUAUACCUCAAAAUACUGCUGGGUCUCAUCAUCAAUGUGGUUGGUGCACAUUCGGUUGUAAAUAUGGUGAAAAGCAAGGAAGUUUGAUGACAUGGUUAAAAGAUGCUAGAGACGCUGGUGCUAAAUUUAUUGAUGAUUGUUAUGUUGAAACCAUUUUGAUUGAAAAUAGAAAGGCUGUAGGUAUAAGGGCUAUUGUUAACGGAAAUCGGGCAUUAGUAGUACAUUCGAAAAAAGUUAUUGUUUCUUGUGGUGCAAUUCAUAGUCCUGUUUUGUUGAAGAGAAGUGGGCUCAGGAAUACAAAUAUUGGCAAAAAUUUGUAUCUUCAUCCGCUUACUAUGGUAUCUGGUUUUUUUCCAGAUAGAGAAGUUAUUCCUUAUUCAGGAUCUAUUAUGACUUCGGUAUCUGAAGUUGUUGAAAAUAUAGAUGGUGACUAUUAUGGAUCAAAAAUUGAAGUUGCUACAUUUCAUCCUCUUUACCUUGUUGCAUUCUUACCCUGGAAAUCUGCACUUAAUCAUAAACAACGAAUGCUUCAAAUAAAUCAUCUUGUCCCAUUUUUAAUCAUUAGUCGUGACAAAGAUCCUGGUAGGAUUGCCAUAGAUUCAUGUGGAAGACCUAGAAUUCAUUAUUCAAUUAGUAAUCAUGAUUCAAAGAGUGUUAUCGAAGGAAUGAUUGCUGGAAUUAAUAUUCUUGUGGCUGCAGGUGCAAAAACAGUUAUGACAGGACAAUUAGCUAUUGAAGAAUUUGAACCUGCUGAAAAAGAUCCAUUUAAUGAUCCAAGAUAUAAACAAUAUAUUGAGAAUAUAAGAAAGAUUGGUGUAGAAGAUAGCGCAUCAAGUAUUGGAAGUGCACAUCAAAUGGGAACAUGCAAAAUGGGUAUUAAUCCAAAAACAUCGGUUGUUAAUCCCAAAGGUAAAGUAUGGGGAGUAGAUAACCUUUAUGUUGCUGAUGCAAGUGUAUUACCAACUUCUACUGGCGUCAAUCCUAUGGUAGGUACUCGCUUAUUUGAACCUUUUAUGACAAUAAGUUUUGAAUUUUUACAAUAUAUUUAG